UCGGUAAGUAGUUUAUGUUGAAACGACAUAGAAAAGGUGGAGGAGGACAUUGGAGGGAGUAGCAACUUUCUCUCUUUCUCAACAACUUUAUGAGGAUUUGUCGCCUGGGGUUUGCAUGGCUGAUAGCUUGAGCGUAUUCUACAGUACGCAGCUGGAUUUUGCCAAAACCUUGAGUUGUUAUAAGUUUGAAGUCGCUCUUUUGGGGACCUUUUGACACCAAUGGACUUAAUGCGUCUUGAUUUCAUGAGAAACUGAACGUGGAAGUAAGGCACAAUAUAAUCUGUCUUGGUUUACGUUGUCGCCAUGUCCAUGCUUCCGACGUUUGGUUUUACGCAGGAACAAGUGGCGUGUGUUUGUGAAGUCCUCCAACAAGGGGGGAACAUCGAGCGGCUGGGGCGAUUUCUCUGGUCCCUGCCGGCGUGCGAGCACCUCCACAAAAACGAAAGCGUCCUCAAAGCAAAAGCCGUGGUUGCUUUCCACCGGGGCAACUUCCGAGAGCUCUACAAGAUCCUAGAGAGCCACCAGUUUUCGCCGCACAACCACCCGAAACUGCAGCAGCUUUGGCUCAAAGCGCACUACAUCGAGGCGGAAAAGCUGAGGGGUCGUCCGCUCGGCGCCGUAGGAAAGUAUCGCGUCCGAAGAAAGUUCCCCCUGCCCCGCUCCAUCUGGGACGGAGAGGAGACAAGCUACUGCUUCAAAGAGAAGAGUAGGAGCGUCCUUCGGGAGUGGUACACCCACAAUCCUUACCCAUCCCCACGGGAGAAAAGAGAGCUGGCCGAGGCCACGGGACUCACGACCACACAGGUCAGCAACUGGUUCAAAAACCGACGGCAGCGAGAUCGGGCAGCUGAGGCAAAAGAAAGAGAAAACAACGAGAACUCCAACAGCAAUAGUCACAACCCAUUGACUUCUUCCAUGAAUGGAAAUAAAACUCUAUUGGGGAGUUCGGAUGACGAUAAAACACCUUCGGGGACACCGGACCACACGUCCCAGAGCCCAGCGCUGCUCCUCGGCUCAAACACCGGUUUACCGUCUCUGCACGGCCUUGCGCCCCCGCCAGGACCCAGCGCAAUCCCGGUGCCUGGUGGUGCAGACUCGGUGCACCAUCACCACUCAUUGCACCAUGACACCAUACUGAACCCUAUGUCUUCUAAUCUUGUGGACCUUGGCUCUUAAAAUAACGGCACAAAGGGGAUAAAGAGCAGCAUUUCUUUUUUCCCAUUUCUUUUGGAAAGUACGAGGUGACGUGAGCGAAGCUUCAAGCACUUGCGUCUAUAGGUGCAAGGCAGACAGACUGGAACGCUGCAAAAAUAGCCACCGUAACAAAUCAUUUAAUCUCACAUUCAAGUUGUUUUUUUUCUUUUUCUUCUCUCUCUCAAUAAGUCAGAGAGCAAUUGAGAACUUGACGAUCAACAGGUACCACGUUCUCACGCCACUCACUAAGUUUUGUACUAAACGGAUGGACGAAAAAAUAGACUAGAUUUGAGAUUUUAUGACUUGUUAAGACGGAUUAUUUAGCAGGAAAAAGAAAGAAAGAAAGAAAGAAAGAAAGAAAGAAAGAAAGAAAGAAAGAAAGAAAGAAAGAAAGAAAGAAAGAAAGAAAAAGAAUUUAACUGGAAUUUAAUAAGGUAUCCUGUUAUAUUGUUGAAAACAAUAACAACAAAGUGUCUUAACUCUUGCUACUAUUACCGCUGUUAUCACCAGACUCUGUAGACACAGAGUUCAAGGUAUCCCCUGCCUUUAUGUUUACAUUUGGGGUUUUCCAAAAAGAGCCAUGAGCAGUCAUUUUUAUUUUUGUUUGCUCUGUUUUUUGUUUGUUAUUUCGUUUGUCUGUUUCUGAGGAGGGUGGGCUGAUGGGAUGUGAUAUUUUCAAGUGUCUUAUAAGAGCUGUGAUAAAAUGAAGUAUCUUAAUCUCCUGAUGUUAUUAGUAUUUACAUUUUCAUGUGGAAAGAGACUGCAUGUAAACUUUGCGAUCCAUAAAGCGACUUCAUCUAUAGUUUCAUAUUACCCUUUACAAUAAAAGAAAAAGAUAUACAUGAAUUAAAAAUCGAGGAUUUCUCUUAUUAUGAGUGAUUAUCGCCAUUCUUGUUUGAAAAAGGAAAAAAAAUAGCCUGUUUACAUUUCUCUCCUCUUACGUAACAUUGAUUUUAAAAAAAGAAAUCCAGGAAAAU